ACUAACACAUCCUUAUCAUCAAAGAAAGGACCAAAAACAAGAGCGAUAGUCCACCUAACGAACUAAGGUGAUAUUCAAGUACAACACCCUGAAAGAUAAAAGUGAUCAAGUUCUCGCAAAAAUUAUUUUCGAUCAAUUCUAAUUUCCAAAAAUCUAUCAAUCUAUCAAUUGCAAGUAUGAGUUCAGUUGAAGAAGAACCGUCGCCGUUCUUUCCGAUCCCACAUUACCCACCAUUCAAGCUCCGCUCCUCACUAAUUGAUAAAGAUCCGGUGAUAUGGGUCCAUUUGUUAGAGGCUUAUAUCAAGCUCUUUCAGUAUCUACUCCAGCCUGCAACCCUUAGUGUAAAGUCCCAACAGCAACAUCAAAUGUUUCUUAAAGUAUUCUUGAGCGAGACUGCAGAGGAGAAGAGCAAGAUCUUCUCACUAGGAGCCAUCAAUCCAGACAUUAAGACCAAUACCGCCACCCUCAGAAACCUUGUCUUCCUAUACAUCAGAAAUUUCAGCUUAAUCAAGAGCAAUUUGACUGGUGAGUCCGUCUGGAACUUUGUUCUGAUUUAUGUUCAGCAGAACUCUUCAGUGGUACGGGGCUUGGUGGAUGGGACAUAUAAAUCCAAAUUCAACGACAAUAAAAAAUCGGGUAAUAUCAGUUCGAUAACAAGCGUCCAAAAGAGGUUAGAAGCCAUGAUAACUCAGGGUAUCUUCUCCAACCAAGACUUGACUACGUUGACUUAUCUUUUGGGUCAGCAGAUGUCGGCCAAGGCCAUGAAAGUUUCGUUGGACGGUGAUGUGAAGGAGAGAAACAUCAACAAAAAGUCAGCAAGUUCGGUGGGCUUUGCUGAAAGUUUUGUUUCGGUCCCUUGGAUUGAGUUGCUAGAACGAUUGUAUGCUGGAGGAAAGAGUAUCCAUGCAGAAACCAUUAAAAACAUCAUGAUUAUAUCUUUAUUGUCUUUGAGUGUGAGUAAGUUGUCGAAAUUGACGAUGGAGUUGGGUGUCAAAGAUAUAAGAACUAUGAAAUUAUUUCCUUUGUUCAGCAUGAUCAUCAUAUCCGACAGAUUCAAAGAAUUAGUUCCCAAUUUGGAGGAGCGACUUCCAUUUUUGAGACAGCUUUCACAGGGAAGUCAAACCAACGAGGUGAAUCAAGAUCAUGUGAAUAUGCUUAUUGAUUUAUUCCCUUCAUUAACUCUUGGAAAAGCCACGAAGGUGUUGAGAGAUCAUAAUGGCGAUGUGGAGGGUAUUACCAAUAUGCUUUUGGAAAAUCCAGAUUUUGUAGACAGCAUUGAGGAGGAGCAACUCAAACCAAAGAAGGAACCAACAUUUACAAUCAAGGGACAGAAGACAACGAAGACAGACAGAAAAGCGAAUACGCCUGCGCCCAAAAGAUCUGUUUAUGACGAUGACAAAAUAUCUCGACUCGACUUUUCUGAGAGUCAGGUCAUUCAGGGAAAGAAACAGAAUACCGAUGUCAAACCAAGCUCUGAAGACUACAAGAAGAAGAUUCUAACUGCUGCUUUAGAAUUGAUGUACGAGGGCGAUGAAGAUGAGCCUGAUGAUACUUACAAGGAUCAACAAAAAACCACGGGAACAGCGAUCGAGGAAUCUAGCAAGAAGGGUGGAAAAUCCCGUAUGGCUGUGCUAGAGGACGGAGCCCCUGAACCCAGCCCCUUUCAACCGGAUAGAAUAGAUACGUACCUUUUCUCUAUCCUCAAAAAGAAUGGUACAGAAGCAUUGGAAAAAUCACUGAGAGACACUCCAGAGCGCCAAGCCUAUAAGGAGUAUACCGGCUAUUCAGACGACCAGAUUGAGAGAUGGCUCAGAGUGCUCUUAAAGUCGCCUUAUCAGUUUAAGGUCUUGGAGAAAGAAUAUUAUAUUCCAACCCGUCCCAGUGAUUCCAAGACUGAGCGGCCACGCCUUGCGCCAAAGGCCAAGCGUGGAAACAAGCCAGAGAGUAAGAGUGGGCCUUCACGGACAAAGAGUGGAGAGACUCCUCUGAAACAGGUGGCUGCUAAAAAUGAGAAGAAUAAGGCCUCAAGAGCCAACCAUAACAGAAAAACGGGACACAAUAAAAAGACCAGAGGCGACCUCAUUGGAAUGCAAGGGUCCUAGAUACUGUAUAGAUAAUACACAAGUAAUGUCAC